AUGGUGGUACGUGGUGGUCGGCGGAGGGUAGCGGUAGAGGUCGGGUGGCGGUGGUCGGUGGUGACGGAUGGCGGCGACGACGAUGGGUGGUGGUGGUCGACGGUAGCAGGUGGUGGGAACGGAGGAUGGUGGUGGUGGUCGACGGAGGGUGGUGGUGUUGGCCGUGGUUUGCGAAGGUGGGUGGCAGCGGUGGUAGUCGAUGGCGGUGGCGGGCGGCUGGCGGCGGAAGAAAAACGAAUGAAUAAAAUCAGCGGUGAGUGGUGGUGGUCGAUAGUAGUGAUUACGGGUGGCGGCGGCGGUGGUGGGUGGCGGCGGCAGUGGAUGGUAGUGGCGGCGGAGAGUGGUGGUGGAGGCGGCGAUGGCGGGUGGUGGUGA